CACCGGCGUCUGACGACCGGCUUUCGCGGCAGUUUACUUGAUCAAGUACUUUUAGUUUAGGGUUUACUCAGUUUACACUUGAAGAUUUUUUCGUUUUCUGUGAACCGUCAUUUUCCAAGGGAUCGGCCGAUCAGCGGUUACUCCGCAUCAGGCUCGUUCUAAAAUUUUUUUUUUAACCUUUUUCACGGUUUGGAUGCCGCUCAGUGAAUUCUACUAAGAUACAAUGGCAGUUUGUUUUAUUUGUGAUGUUAAAUUGUAUGGGGAACGAACACGCGUGUGUUCAAGCAUUACACCGCACACUAAUUCACCGUAUCCUGAAAAGAUAGGUGAACUUGUUGGAGAAGAAUUUGUCAUUAUUGUAACUCCCGCUGAUCAUAUGUGCAAGAAAUGCACAUCUCUUUUAAACCAUAUGGACAAGCUCGAAAAUGAUUUGAAACUUGUUAAAAAUGCAAUGUUAGCAUCUGUACAAAAGAAAUAUGGAUUAGUGCCUGCUGAUCAGCCUGUUAAAUCUGUUAAUAUUGUUAAUGGGCACUUACGAACUGAUGACUUAGAAGUUGGUCAAAGAAAAGUUCCUAGUGGUUUGACAGUUAGAGAACCAUCCUCUAGUAGUACUCCGUUAAAAUCAAAACAAGACAACGCUUCUAAAAUGAAAAUUUACAAAUGUGGUUUUUGUACAUUCCAAUCCAAAGAUCUUGGUCAUGUUCGUUUCCAUAUGCGUUCUCAUUUAAAAAAAAAAGAUGGUGAGAAUUCUAAUCAAUCAGUUGCAACUAAGACAGUAACCCAGCAACAGCAGCAGCAGCAGCAACAACAACAGCAGCAGCAGCAACCACAACAGAAAAAAAGAUUGUACAGAUGUCAAGUGUGUUCUGCAUCUUAUGAUAGCAGAUUUGAUUGCCUUGAACACAUUCAGAAGGAUCAUAACCAACAACCAUCUUCAACAACUGAGGAAAAGGAAUCUGAAGCUACUACAGAUAAUGCACCAGUUUUUCAAACAGAUGCAUUAAAUUCUGCAGAUAAUCAACAAGCUAUAAUUAAGAAAGAAGAUGGUGGAAAUCAUUUAAUCGACAAAAACUCUAUGGACACAAAUAUGUUGUUAAAUGAUAAUCUACCAGUUGAUGAUGAUUCAACUGUUGCUAAGCCAGAAGAAACACAAAAUACUUGUGAAAAUAUGUCUGAACAAAACGAACUUAUGGAAGUUAAUCAAGAAAUGCCUGUUGCAAAUGUAGAUAUGAGUGAUAUGGCAAUAGAAGGCAAUGAAUCCGGAACAGCAGAUCAUUUGGACAUAGAAUCAAUGUUGGCUGCCAUUCAUAAUGAUGUUGUCGAACCCCCAAAUGAUGGCAGGGAUGCACAAAUCUGAUAAAAAAAAACUAUACUGUAUAAUCCAUUUUCUUUUUUUAUACUUGACAUUUAUUACAUUUAAAUUUUUAAA